UCGGCUUGACUGGCUCUGGGAGAAACCCUCAGGGAAUCUGCACACUCAUUAACUUGGCUUCGCUGGCUGUGUAUUUCUUUAGCAGGGCUUUAGUCUUUGUAAUUUGGCUUUACUGUAGUGGUGCCUUUAAGACACUGUCUGAGUGAACUCCAGCACUGAGUUAUGAAACUGUUCUGUGCCGCUGCCCACCGUGUGCAAACAGUGGGGAGGAGGGUUGUGAGCUGUGUUGAGUGACUGAAUACAGGGGUGGAAACAAGACGCAUACUGAUCCAAUCCUGGUCUUGCUAUGAGUUUAAUAAGACACACCUCUGAGCUUGUUCACUGCACACUGGGGCUUGUACUGAAACCUGGAAUGAGUGAAACUGCUGUGCAAUCGGAGGAGUCUUCUUGCCAUCCUAGAAUUACUGCAUCUGCACCGAGAGAUGCUGCUUUUGAGUAUCGUAGAAUGCGUGGUGCUGGAGAUUGUGUGAGAAAUGCAAGCGCGCUGAGAGGCCUGCACUGUCACUCCUGAGAUAUGCGCGGAUAGGGUUAUGAGUGCAGCAAUGCUUCAGUCAAUCCAGCACAGUCCGCUUUUUGUUCUGUUUUUAAAUACUAGUGCAGUUUUCUCAAUGCGUAUCGUAUUAGGAAUAUGAUAAUGUGUACAUGGCUUCAGUUGAUGGUUUUUAGAAAGUGUGUAUUUUAAAUUUUUAUAAUAGUGUUCUUCAUGUAUUGGUUAUUGUAAACAAGCCCCUGUCCAAUAUUCGAUCAGUACGUUGGUUGCCUGAUUGCACCUCUAAUAUGCCAGAUCAAGUUCAAUAAAGCAUAUUUAAAAUCCAGUGAACUGUGGUAAAUGUGUAGUAUAUCCACAGGAAAGGCAGGGGGGAGCACAGUGUGUGUGUGUAUAUUGAUUGAUUUCUGGAUGUAGGUGAAAGGUGAUCUAUAUGAGGCUCAUGUGACUGGCAUGUGGAACAGUCAGGGUGGAGCCAGCUGAUUAAGACCCUCUUUCACAAUCUGGAGUACAGUACAGAGAGGCUGGGUGUUACUCAACAAGACACACUCUGACCGUGCAGUGAAGUCAUUGUUGUGAAAACUCAGGGUCAAAGUGCAUAGCUGGGCUGAGACAGAAUACAGCCUCCAGCACCCCGGAACAGCCAGCAUUCGAGGAGCAGUGAGCUGAGAACCUUUCCACUCGUGACUGCAGCAGCGUCAGUGCAGUACAGAGUCAAGCAGGGUUACACUGAGUCAGAAUACAGCCUCCAGCACCCCGGAACAGCCAGCAUUCGAGGAGCAGUGAGCUGAGAACCUUUCCACUCGUGACUGCAGCAGCGUCAGUGCAGUACAGAGUCAAGCAGGGUUACACUGAGACAGAAGCAGGUUGGCUGCAGUGAAGUGUUGCUGAUCAUGGAUUACGCAAUGAAGUCUCUCAGCUUGUUCUCUCCCAAGUCCCUCUCCAAGUGCGUCUCCGCUAGCGCCUCCAUGACCCAGCAGCUACUCGCAGGCCCUGCCACCCGACCCAAACCCUUCCGGGUCGCAAACUUCAACCGCAGCGUCAAGAAGGGCAUCAUGGCUGAUGGGCUGAGGGACCUUCUGAACAAGCUCCCGGAUGCCCUGCAUGUCUCCAGUGUCUGCUCUCUGGUCCUGGAGGAGGACGGGACGAUGGUGGACACAGAGGAGUUCUUCCAGACCCUGGAUGACAACACUGUCUUUGUGGCGCUGGACAAGGGACAGGAGUGGACCCCCAGUGAGAAUGGAGAGUACCGCUUGCACCUCACGGACAGGCCUCGCCGCAGGAAGGAUGUCGCCAGGAUCACCUUUGACCUCUACAAGACGAACCCCCGCGAUUUUAUUGGCUGCCUGAACGUGAAGGCCACCCUGUAUGGCAUGUACACCGUGUCAUAUGACCUGCGCUGCUAUGGGGCCAAGAAGAUGAUGAACUGCAGUGCUUGCUCUCGGUUUCACUCGGACUCUCACGUGAACUGCAGGGAUGUGAAUUGGACUCCUAUUGCACAGCAGUCGCGCAGUCCAGGGUUACUAGAGGCUUCAUCAGCCACAGUGUGUAUAGGUAACAAGCUCAGGGAGGCCCUGCGCUGGACCCUCUUCUCCAUGCAGGCCACAGGCCACGUCCUAUUGGGCACAUCCUGCUACAUGCAGCAGCUAUUGGACGAGGAGGAGCAGGGGGCGGAGCGGAAAGAGCAGCUGACCCAGCCCACGCAGCUGCAGAGCAUCCUAUGGGGAAAGACAGCGGUGUGACUUCACAAUGGGGAGGGGGCGGGACCACACUGAGGGCUGAGUUACACAGCAUUCUUCACACCAUGGACUGUGCUGGAGUAUUCGGGACAUUUGGAAAGGGGAGCUCAUUUACCGACGGGCUGGCUCCCAAGCCAUGCUUUGUUAACAUGCUUUGAGUUUUGACUCUUAUAGUGUCUGUGUAUUGCGUGCUGUUCUCGUAUAACAGAAUUUAUAAGUGGAUGUUUUUACUAUAAUGCGGUAUGAAUUAUCGUUUUUCAGUGUAUUUGAAAUUUAAAAGAAUAAUCCAGUGUUUGUUUAGAUCUUGAAAGCCACCCUCCUGCAUGAGUUUUAUUCAGCAGGAAGUCUGAGAACGAGGUGUUUUUCUACCCUACGGGCUGCCUGUGCUGCACGGGGCUGUAAUAAUUAUUUGUUUUUGUAUUCACGUUCUAUCCUCCUUCAGGUUUAUUGUGGGCUGUUAACCACGCCGCGGGCCUCUGUUUGGCCACGCCGCGGGCCUCUGUUUGGCCACGCCGCGGGCCUCUGUUUGGCCACGCCGCGGGCCUCUGUUUGGCCACGGCGCGGGCCUCUGUUUGGCCACGGCGCGGGCCUCUGUUUGGCCACGGCGCGGGCCUCUGUUUGGCCACGGCGCGGGCCUCUGUUUGGCCACGCCGCGGGCCUCUGUUUGGCCACGGCGCGGGCCUCUGUUUGGCCACGCCGCGGGCCUCUGUUGGCCACGGCGCGGGCCUCUGUUUGGCCACGGCGCGGGCCUCUGUUUGGCCACGGCGUCGUUUCACUUCGUGUUCUGAACCACGAUUUCUCACCUGGCUUGGUGUUCGUUUCAGAGACUCCCCUCCUCAGUGUUGCUGUCUUUGUUUUAAUGUGUUUAACGACUGGGGCGUUGCACAAUGCACACUCAGUGAGCGCUGAUGAAGCCUGGUCUCUGCACUGUCACACAUUUGAAUGGAUUGAUUCACUUUAAUAGCACUGUUUGUAUAUCUCUACAGCACCACAGAAUACUUGAAGGUGUGUGAAACGCAGAUCUGAACAGAGAUGUGUCUCCUCUGCUCCGGAAGUGAGGAAUUCAGAAUAAACGCCAAUAUCCCAGAUUACUUUAUCUCCGCAGUGAAAUGACAUUGAUCGUUUGUGACGGGCUGCCAGUGGCUGGCUGUGCCUGGUGUGGCACGCUAACCCCGCUGCCGACCCGGUUCCUUCUCGUAUCGAGUCAUGAUGCUGUGUGCAAACACCAAGACGGGCCAUCUCCAUUACGCUAGUUACUGUGCUCUAGUGUAUGAAUGCUUCAAGGAGAGGGAAUGCUUACUUCCACACCCAGGCCAUUUAAAAACACAAAGCUCACCACUGCUGCCUGUAAAUCCAGAACUCCCAUUGAUUUAUGUUUCUUUUUGUUCUGAUAGUUGUUUCUUUUGUAAAGUUGUAGUAGUGUGGAGAGGGAGAGGGUGGAAGAUACAUGUGAAGAUUUUAAAAGUGAUCAGUUCUAAGAAGCUGGCAUACGGAUAUUGCAACGUUACAUUUUUCUUUCAAAGGUUUGAAUUAAAGGAUUUGAAUGCAUAUUAUGUAGGAUGGGGGGGUCAAGGGGGAUCACCCUGUCCGACUGCUGCUGCUGUGGGGAGAAAAAAAAUCUCUUGUGAAAUAAAAAUAGAAGGACACGCAAUGCAAGACCCCCCCCGUCAGGAGUCACCCCUUAUAUAAUGUGUCCCACAGUAACAGCACAGCAAAGUGUAAUAAAGUAUAGAGAGGUGAAGUAAAGCAUAUUUAUAAAAACCAGCCAUGUAAUCGAUGAUAAACACGUUGGAAAGCUGACCAUUCAGUGCAAAUUUCUAUUGGCCAACUUUUCUUAAAGAGUGUUUCAGGUCUCGGGCUGGUUUGUUACAUGGAGUGUGUUAAGUCUAUGAAUAGAGGGCUGAAGCUGUAUAUUUAAUAGAAUUGUGCAAUAAAAUGAUUUGUAUAUGAUAAUAAUUCUGACAAUAAAAGCUGUGUUUGUGUUUUUC